AUGUUUUUGCGUUCUGUUUUUGAUGAGAUACUUUUUCGUUCUCUAUCUUUUUCUCUUUUCUCACGAUCUCUCUCUCUCUCUCUCUCUAUCUAUCUAUCUAUCUAUCUAUCUCUCAAUUUUAUGUCACUUACUAACCCUCUCUCGUUCUGGCUCAAAUUCCUACUCACUCACUCUUUCUCUUUCUAUCUCUCUCGCUCGCUCUCUGUUUAUCACUUCUCCUCUCUUUUAUUCUUUCAUACUCUUUCUCUCACUUUCACUCACCUAUCCUCUCUGACGCUUAGUGUCUCUCGUUCCCUCUGUAACCUUUUCUUACUGUCUCUCUGGCCAUUACUCUCACAUUCCCGUCUUUUCACUCCUCUCUUAUCUCAUUUUUUUCUUACUCACUUUCUCAAAGAACCUUUCUAUUUCCUUUCUCUCUCUCUUUCCCGAUGUAUUUCUCUUAUUUCUCUCUCUCUCUCUCUCUCUCUCUCAAUUACUUCUCUAUCACUCGUCACUGUCUAUCUUUCACCCUCUCUCAUAAACUCUUUUUAA